AUGUUAUUAAGUCGUAAUUCAUCGGUAACUUCCCAUGAAGAUACUGCAAGUGCUUUUGCCGCUACAACUAAUAACGCACUCAACAACGAUACCGCACACGAUCAUAUCAUGUCUUAUGAUCAUACCCACCAUCAUCAUCACCUUCACCAACUCACCUUAACGGGUCGUCUCGGUGAACGUGUGGAAUUGUGUUGUCAUCUUUGUGGCAAUUAUGUGCAAAUAGUGAAUACGAAAAAUUUUACCAAAGAAGAAAUCUUACGUAGAGAAAACAAUUUUAAAUGUGAUAAAUGUAAGAAAACGAAAAAGAAUCGUUCGAAAAAAUUAAACAAUGAUCGGGUUAAUGUUAAUAGUGAUGGUGAGCAAAGUGAUAAUAAUGUCGAUGAUGAAAUUAUAGAUGAUGAUGAGGAUGAUGAUGGUGUUGAUCGUCCUAUUGAUAAUGUUGAACGUGGACAUGACGAUCUUGAUGAUGAUGAGGAAGAUGCCGAUAUUGGCAUUGAUGAUGAUAUGGACGAUGAUAUUGAUAAUGAUGAUGUGGAUUUAGUGCGUGAUGAUGAUGACGAUGAUAUGGAUAAUGAUAGUGCUUCUUCACGUUUGCCAAAAGUUGAUGGUGUUACGUCUGCCUCUACGACCACACUGCUAAAGGAUAACAAUACUAAACCCAUUUUAAAAUUUAGUGUUUCUGCGAUAUUGGGUGAUACCCGGGAGGGUGUUAGAGUUCGUAAUGAAUUUAUGCAACCACAACAUAUCUGGCCUUAUUUACAACAAAACUUCAUACACCAUCCACACUUUCCGCAUCCAGCAUUUCUAACGCAACAGCAUCACAAUGGCAAUAGUUGUCAACCGCAAACCACAUCAUCGUCGUCACCUGGCAGUACGAUUAGUGAUAGCGACAAUCACUCUACCUGCACCACAAAUAGCAUCAGCACAAAUACAAGUUGUAAUAAUGGCAACAACCAUUCCAAUAACAACAACAAUACACAUGCAAAUAAUAACAAUGACAAGGAUAACAAUGAAGAGGAUAACAAUAAUCGAAGACAUACAAUGCCAACGGGUCAAGAAAAAGCAACAAUGCCUUUACAACAUCCUGGUAGUGGUGGAGGUGGUGUCGGUGGUGGAGGAGCUCAUCUAACACACGCACAACAACCACAACAUCCGCAAGCUGUUAUUGCAAAACCCCUGCCCAGUCGACCAACACCAUUCCUGCCUCACAGUCUCCAACAUCCACAUUUGCAUUCAUUGUUGGCACAUUGUAGAAAUCCCUACAUGAGUGUUGGUGCACAAGUGUUUCCCCUGCCUCCCGGCCAAGGUUUCCCUUGGGCACAUUCAACACGUGGUAAACCACGUAGGGGUAUGAUGCGUCGUGCGGUGUUUUCUGACUCCCAGCGUAAGGGUUUGGAGAAACGCUUUCAACAGCAGAAGUACAUCAGUAAACCGGAUCGCAAAAAGUUGGCAGAACGCUUGGGUCUAAAAGAUUCUCAGGUCAAAAUAUGGUUUCAAAAUCGUCGCAUGAAAUGGCGCAACUCUAAGGAACGUGAACUGUUAGCCAGUGGUGGCUCUAGAGAUCAAACCUUGCCCAAUAAAAAUAAUCCCAAUCCAGAUUUGUCGGAUGCUAAAGGUGACCGUCCUCUAACGCCUCUAUCCCCCAUGGCCAUGUCACCACAACGUCGCAGUGUUUCACCACCACAUUCACCCAAUUCCAAAGAAGACUUAAGCAACUCAGCUGCCAGUACCCCCAAGCCUAUGAUUUCACCCAAAACACCCAAUUCACUGCAAUCACCACCCAUUAUGCAUCAUAUACCACAACCAGUAACCAGUAUUGGCUCUUCUUUCGGCAGCUCACAACAAAUGCAAAUUUCCUCACCUCCGCCUCUGCUAACGGUAGCCAAACUGCCAACACAACAUGAUCAAUCAUCCACAUCAUCCAAUGCUUCAUCACCGCCCAACAAUGCUGCUGGCAAUGGUGGUGGUGGUGGCGGCAUGAUGCCCAUGACCAGUGCUGAGUUUCAAGCGAAAAUCAAUGCUGAAAUGCAUAAACAUUUGGUGGCGGCUGAUUUGAAAUUUAAACUGGAAACCACCUUAAAUGAGGCCAAACAGAGACGCAUGACUAUGUUAAAUAUCAGUGCUGGUGGCAUGGUGGGUUCCCCGGACUCCUUGCAUCACAUGGCUUUGCAUCCAGGACAUCCGGCAAAUAAUAUUUUCAUAACCAAUGCCAUGCAACAUCACCUGCAACAACAGCAACAACAACAAGCAGCUAUGGCUCAUCAGCAGCAACACCAACAACAACAAUCACCCCAUCAAACCUUAAAUGGAGCCCCUACGCAAGCACAGUUUCAAAAUCCCGAUUUUAUGAAAAUGUAUUACGAUGACUAUGACGAAUCGAAUUCCGAUAGUGAUGAAGAAAUCAGUGUAACGUGA